AUGACACUCCGCAAGGGGGAGAGAGCGACCAUCAGCAUCCAGGAGCACAUGGCCAUCGACGUCUGCCCCGGCCCCAUCAAGCCCAUCAAGCAGAUCUCCGACUACUUCCCCCGCUUCCCGCGCGGCCUGCCCGCCGCCGCCAGCCGCCCCGCCGCCCCGCCGAGCCGCCCGCCCCUCAGCCCCGCCGAGCCGCCCCGCGACGAGGACGAGGACGUGGACCGGCUCUUCGGGGCGUACGGCGCCAGCGGCCCCGCCGAGCAGCCGGCCCCGCGCCCGGCCGAGGAGGAGGCGGCGGACGCCGAGGGCUACGAGUCCGACGACUGCACUACGCUGGGAACACUAGAUUUCAGUUUGCUGUACGACCAAGAAAACAAUGCUCUCCACUGCACAAUCAAUAAAGCCAAGGGCCUGAAGCCAAUGGAUCAUAAUGGUUUGGCUGAUCCAUAUGUCAAAUUGCACUUGCUCCCAGGCGCUAGUAAGGCUAAUAAGCUAAGAACAAAAACUUUGCGGAACACUCUGAAUCCCACCUGGAAUGAGACCCUCACUUACUAUGGCAUCACGGACGAGGAUAUGAUUCGCAAGACGCUAAGAAUUUCCGUCUGCGACGAAGACAAGUUCCGCCACAAUGAGUUCAUCGGGGAGACGAGAAUCCCGCUGAAGAAGCUAAAGCCCAACCAAACCAGAACCUUCAGCAUCUGCCUGGAAAAGCAGCUGCCGAUAGAUAAAACAGAAGACAAGUCCCUGGAGGAGCGCGGCCGGAUCCUCAUCUCCCUCAAGUACAGCUCCCAGAAGCAAGGCCUCUUGGUCGGCAUCAUCCGCUGUGCACACCUGGCUGCCAUGGAUGCCAACGGCUACUCCGACCCCUACGUGAAAACCUACUUGAAACCAGAUGAGGACAAGAAAUCAAAGCACAAGACAGCAGUGAAAAAGAAAACACUAAACCCUGAAUUCAAUGAGGAAUUUUGUUAUGAAAUAAAGCAUGGUGACCUGGCAAAGAAGACCUUAGAAGUCACUGUGUGGGAUUACGACAUUGGAAAAUCAAAUGAUUUUAUUGGUGGAGUAGUGUUAGGAAUUAAUGCCAAAGGUGAGCGGCUGAAGCACUGGUUUGAUUGCCUGAAAAACAAGGACAAGAAAAUAGAGCGCUGGCACACACUAACGAACGAGCUGCCGGGGGCCAUCCUCAGCGAUUGA